AUGGAGGAAGGAAUUAAAAUCAGCUUAAACAUGGAGAACAAGAAGAUUUUGAUGCAACGAUACGAAAUAGGAAAAUUGCUCGGACAGGGCACAUUUGCAAAGGUCUAUCAUGCCCGAAAACUGAAAACCAAAAAAAGUGUUGCAGUGAAGGUGAUUGAGAAAGGUGGUGAGCUUUUCAAUAAGAUUGCAAAAGGGAGGUUGAAAGAGGAAGCCGCUAGAAAAUAUUUCCAACAAUUAAUCGCAGCUGUUGAUUAUUGCCAUAGCCGAGGUUAUCUUCCAUUUAAUGAUCCUAAUUUAAUGGGAAUGUACAGGAAAAUAAGUAAAGGGGAAUUCAAAUGUCCAUCUUGGUUCCCUCCUGAGGUCAAGAAAUUGCUUUCAAGAAUUCUUGACCCUAAUCCAAACACAAGGAUGACGUUAGACAAAAUCAUGGAAAAUCCUUGGUUUCAAAAGGGAUUCAAAAAGAUUGAGACCCACUAUAUUCCAAAAGGUUUUCUUGAUUCCGAAGAGGUGUUCAAAUAUAUAGAUAGUCCAAAGUGUAGUUGUACUGAUCUUAAAGGACUCGAAGAGAGAUCACUCACAAAAAGUUCCUCUAAUUUGAGUUCUUUGAAGCCUACGAGUAUGAAUGCUUUUGAUAUCAUUACGCUUUCUCAAGAGUUCAAUCUCUCUGGUUUAUUUGAGAACAAUGUUCCAAGUAAGAAAUCUGAGGCCCGUUUCACGACCAAAGAAUCAGCAUCAGCGAUUGUGUCUAAACUGGAAGAAGUGGCUUCAGUGGAGCAGUUUCAGAUUACGACAAUGGCAGAUGGAACAGUAAGGAUGCAAGGGUGCAAAGAAGGGAGAAAAGGGCAAUUGGCCAUUGAUGCUGAGAUAUUUCAAGUAACACCCUCCAUUCACGUGGUGGAGGUAAAGAAAUUGGCCGGCGACACCAUAGAAUAUGAAAGAUUCCGGGAUCAAGGAUUGAAGCCCAAAUUAAAAGACAUAGUUUGGACAUGGCAGGGUGAGCAACAAACAACAGAAACAAGUACCUCAGACCAAUCAUGA